UCUGCUCGCCGCGCCGCUCCCCGCCCCCCCUGCUCUCCGGACCCGGUCCCAUCGCGGCUACGGGGGGCCGCUCUCGGGGGGCCUCAUGGCCGAGGGGGACGCAGGGAGCGACCAGAGGCAGAAUGAGGAAAUUGAAGCAAUGGCAGCCAUUUAUGGCGAAGAAUGGUGUGUCAUUGAUGACUGUGCCAAAAUAUUUUGUAUUAGAAUUAGCGACGAUAUAGAUGACCCCAAGUGGACACUUUGCUUGCAGGUGAUGCUUCCUAGUGAAUAUCCAGGUACAGCUCCACCCAUCUAUCAACUGAAUGCUCCUUGGUUAAAAGGGCAAGAACGUGUGGAUUUAUCGAACAGCCUUGAGGAAAUAUAUAUAUACAUCUCAAAAGGGCAGAGUUAUAACAACAGUUUUUCCAAAGAAAAUAUGCAAAGGAAAAAGGAAGCUAAAGGUUUAGGCCCAGAUGUAAAGAAGAAAACGGAAGAGGAAGAUGUUCAUUGUGAAGAUGAUCUCAUUUUAGCGUGUCAGCCAGAAAAUCCAGUUAAAGCAUUGGAUUUUGAUAUCACUGAAAAUCAACCAGAAAUAGAAGAAUUACCUCCAAUUGAUCAUGGAGUUCCUAUUACAGACCGAAGAAGUACCUUUCAGGCACACUUGGCUCCAGUAGUUUGUACUAAACAGGUGAAAAUGGUUCUUGCCAAAUUGUAUGAGAAUAAGAAGGUAGCCAGUGCCACUCACAACAUCUAUGCCUAUAGAAUAUACUGUGAAGAUAAGCAGACCUUUUUGCAAGACUGUGAGGAUGAUGGGGAAACAGCGGCUGGUGGACGUCUUCUUCAUCUCAUGGAGAUUUUGAAUGUGAAAAAUGUCAUGGUGGUAGUAUCACGCUGGUAUGGAGGAAUUCUGCUAGGACCAGAUCGUUUUAAACAUAUCAACAACUGUGCCAGAAAUAUACUAGUGGAGAAGAAUUAUACAAGUUCACCUGAAGAAUCAUCUAAGAGUUUGGGCAAGAACAAAAAAGUAAAAAAAGACAAGAAGCGGAGUGAACAUUAAUACUUGAAACUAUAUGAAAGGUUAAUUUUUCUAUAAUUACAAACAUAUUCUACAGUCAUCAAGGAAUAUAUGACCCUGGCUGCUCAAGUCAGCCAAUUCAUCAUGGACACCAGCAUUAUCUUUUCUUCUUUAGUUUUAUCAUCUGCCAAAAAUACAGAAGUUAGAAUAUAUUCAUGUGUGUUUUAGGCUUUUUGGAAAGAACUAGUUUGUGCUUAAUCAUUAAUUUAUCUAGUUUUAGGAAAGUGACAGUUGCCCAGGCCAGUGUCUGAAUUACUGCUUCACUUAAGUACAUGUCAAGUGCCUUUGUUAGGUGGGGAAGAAGUGUCUCCAGAGGACUAUAAAUGCCUGAUUUCUUGUCAUUGGGAUUCUUGUACUGUUAAAUGAACAUUGCCUUUUCUGCUCUUUAUGGCUUAUUGGAACAGAAGCUCAUUGAAGAUUGAUCUUGGAGAAUUUCUUCCUGUGAUUUCAGUUCAAAAUGUGACAUUUUUCAUUUUAUAGUCUGAGUAAUAAGUGAGAAUCCAGAAGUAUAUAUCUAUAGUUAUGUGUUGAGGUGGCAAUUUAUCAAACUAAUUUGUUAGUUUAAGUAUUACGCCUCAAUUUCUGUCACAAAUAUGUGAUUGUGAAAUUUCAAGAAGUGAUUUUGUGGUCUCUGCCUUUUUGUUGUUUAAUUCUUGUAAUGCAAAACAUUGAAUAUGGAAUGCCAGUAGGCUCCUGCCACCUCUGAACUGUGUUCAUGUAAUAUUCUGGUCUAACAACUUGGUGGUAUCUUCUGGUCUUUAUUAAGGUAUUAAAACCAUGCUAGGAGCUAUACUGUGAUUAAUGGGGCAUUUAAAGACCUGAGUAAACAUGACAGAACUAUACUAGUCUGAGGCAAGAACUGCAAUAAAUGUGGUACAUAUUUCUCUGUGUUCCAGUCAGCCUUUAUAAAUCCAUGAUUUUUGUGGAGAGAAGGAAGAGCAAAUAUUUUGAUUGGAAACAACUCCUCCCAUUCUUAGCGGAUCUUAUGUUUAUUUCAUCUGCAAGUUGCCUGUAGGCUUUCAGACAAAAUUGUUUCCUUUCAGAUAGGAUAUCAGACAAUUAGAAGUGAUCAACCAUGGAUUUGUGUAGAAGCCCUUUCCUAAGAAGGGAACAGAGAUUAGGAGGAGGCUUUGGAGUGGUGCUAGAGCUUAGAGAGCAACAGAAUUUAGGCACAUCUUUUUCUCCUCUUUCCACUGUUUCACCUUAAAGAGAGCCAACAUCUUUACUUGAUAUUUUGAACAAGAAUCUAGUAAACAGCUCUAAACUAGGCUGGGUUCUGAGACAUAGAAAUUUAUUUUCAACAUUAUAUAGUGAGAUGAAUUACCAAGUCACAAGAUAAUGUAUAUAUUUGAGUGCUUACCUCAGUUUCCAUGAAGUGCUAAGUAUAUCUUGUAAUAAAUUAACAGUUAACACAAUGAGAGAUGAUGUAAACAGUAAGAAUUUAAUGCUGCAGAAAAUGAGUUAAUUUUUUUCUACCACAUCAAAUUGUAUUUUUCCUUUUUCUUUCCCUCCCUCCC